UGCCUGCGCGGUGCUCACACGUGAUUGGUCAGUUGGUGCGCCGUUCCGCGCGAGACUGCCGCGCGCGUAAUAAUGGGCUCUAAAAGGUCGUUGUCUGACACAAAGGAAGUCGAGGAUUUAGAGGCAAAACACGCCAGGAUCGUUGAGUCAGGAUGGACCGGCACAAACGAGCGCACCUUCAUCGCAGUGAAGCCAGACGGAGUUCAGCGGAGACUGGUCGGUGAAAUCAUCCGGCGCUUCGAGCGCAAGGGUUUCAAACUGGUCGGCAUGAAGCUCCUGCAGGCAUCAGAGGAGCAGCUCAGAGAGCACUACCGGGACCUGAGGGAGAAGCCCUUCUACAGCGGCUUGGUCAGAUACAUGAGCUCUGGACCCAUUGUUGCAAUGGUAUGGCAGGGGCUGGAUGUGGUCAAGACCGCCAGGAAGAUGCUUGGAGAGACGAACCCCGCAGACUCUCUCCCAGGCACUAUCAGAGGAGACUAUUGUGUUGAAGUGGGCAGGAACGUGAUUCACGGCAGUGAUUCAGUCGAAAGUGCUCAGAGAGAGAUUUCGCUGUGGUUCAAGCAUCACGAGUUGUUCUGCUGGGAGGAGUGUAGUGAACACUGGAUCUAUGCUUGAAGCCCAUCAUAUAACACUCACGCAGUCUUCAUUAAGUACAGCUUCUCUCUGCUCAAGCCAUAAAGUGACCAAAAAAAUAAAAAAAGGAUUAGCUAGUUAUUGGUCAAGCUAUCUUGAAUGUAAUGGUUUUCUGAUGGCUUCCUUUGCGAAUGUGUAAUCUUCAGAGAUAUUCACUUCAUCACUAAUCUUUGGUCGGUUGGUAAGUCAUGCACUACUUUGAGUUGUUUACAUCCACUUGAAAGAUGUUGUUUACAUUUUUACCUCCAACUUUUGAUAUGGAAAUGCUUCUUGUCAUCUUGAUGCACUCUGUAAAAUACAUGUAUUAAUCAUGACUCAAAAGGAAAGCAAUAAUAAAUGAUUGAGCCAGCAUGCUCUGAUAAAACCUAAUAUGAACAUCCUAGCAAUGCUUUGUCUUACUCUAGUGCUUGGAACUCAGUUGACCAAAGGGCGCCUUACUUUACAAAUAAAUUAUUUCUUUGUUGA